GGAGUCAUCUGACGAGGAGGCAGGCAAGGGCGAGUCCGAGUGCUUCGGUGCUCUCGAGGCCGGCCAUGCUCUCUCGCUUGCUGCGGGAGCACCAGGCCAAGCAGAGCGAGAGGAAAGAACUGCAAGAACGGCGGCGGCGAGAAGCCAUUGCUGCAGCAACUUGUUUAACAGAAGCCCUGGUUGAUCAUCUGAAUGUAGGAAUGACUGAGCCUCUCCUUCCCAGGGUGGCACAGGCCUAUGUGAACCAAAGGAAGCUGGACCAUGAGGUGAAGACACUGCAGAUCCAAGCCGCUCAGUUUGCCAAGCAAACAGGCCAGUGGAUCAGCAUGGUAGAAAACUUCAAUCAGGCUCUGAAGGAAAUUGGUGAUGUGGAGAACUGGGCACGGAGCAUCGAGAUGGAUAUGCGGACCAUUGCCACUGCCCUGGAAUACGUUUCCAAAGGGCAGCUGCAGCCUUCCACCUCCUGAUCCAGAUGCCAGACUCUCAGUCUUGGCCACCGGAAUUGCUUGGAUUCCUUCUCUCAUUCCAUGUUGCCAACUGAAGGCAGUACAGUGGCAGAUUCUUUGCCUGCAGCCGUUUCCUGUACUUCGGUGACUGUUCUUCUGCAGCACUGAGUAAGCUCUUCGUCCCUCCCCCGGCCCAUCUGGAUGCUGUUGGGCCUUUCGCUUUGACUUGUGCUUUUGCUGAGUAUCCGUGGGCAACCUCUAGCUGGGAGGAAUCAUGGAAGAGACUGGCAUGAGAAUGCACAUACCCCACAAUGAUAGGAAAAGAAGCCAUGCUUUUUCCAUACCAGCUGUAUCGGUCUGUCCUGUGAAGUUGGAAAGAAUGAAAUAAAAACAGGUGGCUUAACGGCA